UUUUACGUCAUAUUAUGGCCCAACGCAGACGACACACUUUUUGUGCGAUCGAGUCUGCGGCGCACAAAAAGUCUGUAUGGCGCGCAAAAAGUCUGUCGCGGAUUUUUGACGGACUCAACGCACACGACGCACAUUGUCAAUCAUUUUGUCGGCAGAACUGUAGUGCCGUACACGCCAUGGAAGUGCAAAGAUUGCGAUGUAUUAUUUUAUACUUGAAGUACAAAAAAAGAAGACGAAAUAGAGAAUUUUGGGUACAUCCUAUACUUUCGGAUAGAUUACUGAAAGGACAAUUCCAUAUUAAACAUUCAAUUCUAAAACAAUAUCCAGACAAAUUUUUUAAAUUUUACAAAACGUCUAUUACUACAUUUAAUGAGCUGCUAUUAAUUUUAAGUCCUGCUUUGACGCAUUCGGACACAACAAUGAGAAAAUGUAUUGGACCAGAAGAAAGGCUGUCUGUGACUCUCAGGUAUUUAGGACGAGGAAUGUCGUUCGUCGAACUCGAAGAAGCUUAUCUGAUUGGAGCAACUACUAUUCGUUCUAUAGUUGAGGAAACCUGUACAGCAAUUUGGGAACUAUGCAAAAGUGAAUGCUUUCCUGCUUUUACAGUCCAGAGAUGGCAAGAUAUUGCGAAAAAAUUCCAUGAUAAAACUCAAUUUCCAAAUUGUUUAGGGGCGGUAGAUGGGAAGCACAUACGUCUUAAGAUGCCGCCAAACUCGGGCUCUAAUUAUUACAACUACAAGUCAUAUUUUUCUACAGUACUGAUGGCCGUUGUUGAUGCUAAUUACUGUUUUACAUUUAUUGAUGUUGGCGCCUAUGGAAAAUUCAGUGACUCUAACAUUUUUAAGAACUCCACACUAGAGAAAGGAAUUCUGGAUGGUAAAAUACCUCUACCAAAUAAACAAAAACUUCCCGGUGAUUUGAACGGACAACCAAUGCCGUUUGUAUUUGUAGGAGAUGAAGCCUUUGCAAUUUCAUCACACGUAAUGAGACCUUUUCCUGACCGCCAUUUGAGCGUCCAACAGCGCAUUUUUAAUUACCGGUUGUCCAGAGCCCGAAGAAUGGUAGAAUGCGCCUUUGGAAUUUUCAGCAGUAAAUGGCGAAUAUUUCAAAAAAGUUUAGACGUAAAUAUGCCGUUAGCAAUAAAAAUAAUAAAAGCAGGGUGCAUUCUCCAUAAUUUUGUAAGAAAAAGAGACGGGAUUUGUUUUGAAGAGGCGUUGUAUACAUGCCCUUUUGAAGAUAUAUCUAACAUAGGUGUGAGAGGGACAGAUAAUGGAAUGGAAACGAGAAAGUAUUUUGCUAAUUAUUUUACCUCUUCUAUGGGAAGUGUUUCUUGGCAGUAUAAUAAAGUGUAAUAAAAAUAUACCUACCGAA